AAAUGGCAUCGUAUUCUGUCUCAUCGACAAAGUCGUACAUGCAAGCAAUGGCUCCGUUAAUGGAUGUUCUAGCAAAAAUGGACAUUCCAUUGGAGGAGAAGGUGCCUAAGAUAGAUAAUGAGCAGAAUAAGAUAACACCAGUGAAGAAGAUCUUAGAGAGAUUCCAGGGCUUGUCUUCGGAGGUUCUCACCAAGGUCACCGAUUCACUGCUGGUGAGUAAGUCUGUGAUUAGAAGUAUUAAGACAGAGUGUGAAAGAAUUAGUAAGCUGAGAGAUCAACCCGCCGACGAAACUUUUAAUGUUAUAUUAGGGAUACUUUCUUCGAAUCCUAGUGAUGAAGAGAUUCAGUCCUCUUUGUUUGAUAUCUUGGGGUUCGACGAAUUUGAUCUAAUUUCUAAAGUCAUUCAGAAUAAGAAUGUUCUUGCAGACGAAGAUUUAGAUUCCUCCAACGAUGAUCCGUCGAUAAUGACUACGGAACAGAGAGUACAACAAUUGAUUGAGAAUCAAGAAAGAUCACGGAAUCAGAAGUUAGCAGCACCUGUAAAAUCCGGUGGGGACUACCCUCAUGUUUUCAAAAAACCCGACAUUGGCAAUAUGUUGUCGAUAACGGGUAAAAAGUUUUCUUUACCUAUGGGAACUACCAGAGAGAGUCGACCUACUCAUGAAGAGAUCAUUAUACCUUAUCCUGAAAACCAAACUAAUAAAUGGAUAACAGAUGAUAAAUUAGUUAAAGUGAAAGGAUUAGACUUUCUAUGCCAAGGUACUUUCAAUAAUUAUAAAACCCUCAACAAGAUGCAAAGUUUAGUAUAUCCAGUUGCAUACAACACUAAUGAGAACAUGUUAGUUUGUGCUCCAACUGGUGCCGGUAAAACUGAUGUUGCUUUAUUGACAAUUUUGCAUACCAUCAACCAAUUCGUUACUGAAUCAGUUGGUGAAGAUGGUGAUGUCAAUGUAGAUAUAGAUUAUGAUGAAUUCAAAAUUGUUUAUAUUGCUCCAUUGAAAGCAUUGGCAGCUGAAAUUGUUGAAAAAUUUUCAAAAAAAUUGCAAUGGCUCGGUAUAGCUGUAAGAGAAUUGACUGGUGAUAUGCAAUUGACAAAAGCAGAAAUUAUGACCACUCAAAUUAUUGUCACUACCCCAGAGAAAUGGGAUGUUGUAACUAGAAAACUGAGUGGUGAUAGUGACUUAGUCGGUAAAGUUAAGCUAUUGAUCAUUGAUGAAGUCCAUCUCUUGCAUGAAGAUAGAGGUUCUGUCAUAGAAACGUUAGUUGCUCGUACUCUUAGACAAGUUGAGAGUUCUCAGCUGAUGAUAAGAGUUGUUGGUCUCUCCGCAACCCUACCGAACUACAUGGACGUUGCUGAUUUUUUGGGUGUAAAUAGACAAAUAGGUAUGUUUUACUUUGAUCAGUCUUUUAGACCUUGUCCUUUAAAACAAGAAUUGUUGGGUGUUAGGGGUAAAGCAGGGUCAAAACAGGCUAGAGAGAACAUCGACAAAGUUUCGUACGAGAAAUUACUUGAAAAUGUUAGCAAUGGUGUCCAGGUAAUGGUCUUUGUUAAUUCUCGUAAAGAUACAGUGAAAACUGCCCGUACUUUCAUUUCAAUGGCUCAGGAUAUGGGUGAAUUAUCAUAUUUUGAUACAUCGGAAACAUGUGAAUCUUAUGGAAAAUUUAAGAGAGAAAUGGCUUCAAGGGAUAGGAAUAAAGAUAUGAAAGAAUUGUUUCAAAAUGGUUUUGGUAUACAUCAUGCUGGUAUGUUAAGAUCAGACCGUAACUUAACAGAAAAAAUGUUUGAAUCUGGGGCCUUAAAGGUAUUAUGCUGUACUGCCACUUUGGCUUGGGGGGUCAACUUACCUGCAGCUGUUGUUAUAGUAAAAGGUACCCAAGUUUAUGAUUCCAAACAAGGUGGGUUUGUUGAUUUAGGUAUUUCAGAUGUGAUUCAAAUUUUUGGUCGUGCUGGUAGACCCCAGUAUGAAAAAUAUGGUACGGGUAUCUUGUGUACCACUAGUGAUAGAUUAGAUCACUAUGUUUCUCUUAUUACUCAACAACACCCUAUAGAGUCUCGAUUAAGUAGCAAAUUGAUCGACAACUUAAAUGCAGAAAUCUCUUUGGGUACCGUGACAAACGUGCAUGAAGGUGUUCAAUGGUUAGGCUACACUUAUAUGAUGGUUAGAAUGAAACAAAAUCCGUUUGCUUAUGGUAUUGAUUGGCGAGAGCUUCAAGAAGACCCUUUGUUAAACAAUAGACGUCAUGAUAUGAUCGUUUCUGCAGCAAGAAGACUUCAUCAUUUACAGAUGAUCGUUUUCGAUGAACAAGCUAGUGCAUUUACAUCAAAAGAUUUAGGAAGAAUUGCAUCCGACUUUUAUUUAUUGAAUAACUCUGUGGAGAUUUUCAAUCAAAUGCUAAAUCCAAGAGCCACAGAAGCUGAUGUGUUAUCCAUGAUUAGUAUGAGUAGUGAGUUUGACAGUAUUAAAUUUAGGGAAGAAGAGGCAAAUGAAUUGAAGAAUCUUCUCGAAAAUGAUGCUCCUUGUCAAGUUGCAGGAGAUGCUGAUUCACCUCAAGGAAAGACUAAUAUUCUUUUGCAGGCUUAUGUCUCUCAAUCUUUGAUAAAAGAUUCUUCUUUGAUAUCGGAUAGUAACUAUGUUGCUCAAAACUCCGCAAGAAUUUGUCGUGCUUUAUUCCUUAUUGGUAUAAACAGAAGAUGGGGUAUUUUCCUGAAAAUUAUGCUUUCCAUCUGUAAAUCUAUUGAUAAAAGAAUAUGGGCGUUUGAUCACCCAUUAUGUCAAUUUGAUUUACCGUUACCCGUGUUAAGAAACAUCAGAGCAAAGAAUCCCACCAUUGGAUCUUUGAGAGAUAUGGAUGCUGGUGAAUUAGGAUCUUUAGUGCAUAACAACGGUAUGGGAAGAACGCUUUACAAACUCAUUGGAAGAUUUCCUUACUUAGAAAUCGAUGCCGAAGCUUUUCCCAUUACAAGUAACGUUAUGAGAGUACAUGUUAGCUUGGAUCCUGAUUUCGUAUGGGAUGAAAAGUAUCAUGGGAAUGCUCAAUUUUUUUGGAUCACUGUUGAAGAGUCAAACGACUCCAAUAUUCUCCAUGUUGAAAGGUUCAUCUUGAACAGGAGACUGAUGAAGAGUCCACAUGAGCUCGAUUUUAUGAUUCCUUUAACUGAUCCACCACCACCUCAAAUUGUUAUCAGAGCGAUUUCUGAUUCUUGGAUUGGGUCCGAGAAUAUCUUUACAGUUUCUUUUCAACAUCUUAUAACUCCAUCUAAUGAUACAAUAAGAACUAAUUUAUUGAGAUUGCAACCUUUACCAGUUUCGGCACUUCACAAUAAAGAAAUUGAAUCCAUCUAUUCUAACAAGUUUCAUUACUUUAAUCCUAUGCAAACAAUGGUUUUUCAUUCUUUAUACAACACUAACUCCAGUGUUUUUGUUGGUUCUCCAACUGGGUCCGGUAAGACAGUUGUUGCUGAAUUAGCUAUCUGGCAUGCAUUCAAUGAGUUUCCUGGUUCGAAAAUAGUGUAUAUUGCUCCAAUGAAAGCCUUGGUUAGAGAAAGAGUUGAUGAUUGGAGAAAGAGAAUCACUAAAAAUACUGAUCACAAGCUAGUCGAAUUAACAGGUGAUUCUUUGCCCGAAGCUAAAGAAGUGAGGGAAGCCGACAUCAUUAUUACAACCCCAGAAAAAUUCGAUGGUAUAUCUCGUAAUUGGCAAACAAGAAAAUUUGUUCAACAAGUUUCCUUAGUUAUCAUGGAUGAAAUUCAUUUGUUAGCCAGUGAUAGAGGUCCAAUUUUGGAAAUGAUUGUGAGUCGUAUGAACUAUAUAUCAUCUCAAACCAAGAAGCCCAUAAGAUUACUUGGGAUGUCAACUGCCGUUUCUAAUGCUAUGGAUAUGGCUGGAUGGCUUGGUGUGAAGGAGGGACUUUUCAAUUUUCCUCAGUCUGUUCGUCCUGUUCCCUUACAAAUGUAUAUUGAUGGAUUUCCAGAUAAUUUAGCCUUUUGCCCAUUAAUGAAAACCAUGAAUAAACCUGCUUUUAUGGCCAUCAAGCAGCAUUCACCAACUAAGCCUGUUUUAGUGUUUGUUGCGUCCCGUCGUCAAACACGUUUAACAGCACUCGAUCUUAUCCAUUUAUGUGGUUCUGAAUCCAACCCACGUAGAUUCCUUCACAUAGACGACAGUGAACUUCUGGAAAUUUUACUUGAUGUGAAGGAUGACACAUUAAAAUUAUCUUUGCAGUUUGGUAUUGGGUUGCAUCAUGCUGGUUUAGUAGAAUCGGAUCGUCAAAUUUCCCACAAAUUGUUUGAAUCCGGUAAAAUUCAAAUUUUAGUUGCAACUUCAACAUUAGCAUGGGGUGUUAAUUUACCUGCACAUUUGGUUAUUAUCAAAGGUACUCAAUUUUUCGAUGCAAAGAUUGAAGCAUAUAGAGAUAUGGAUUUGACUGAUAUUUUACAAAUGAUGGGUAGAGCGGGUCGUCCUGCUUUCGAUACUAGUGGUAUAGCAAUGGUAUACACAAAAGAGGCUAAAAAAGUUUUCUAUAAGCAUUUCCUAAACAUUGGUUUCCCAGUUGAAUCAUCAUUACACAAAGUUUUAGAUAACCAUAUUGGUGCCGAAAUAUCUGGUGGUACCAUAACAACUAGACAAGAGGCAAUGGAUUUCCUUACCUGGACUUUCCUCUAUAGAAGAGCUCAUAAUAACCCAACUUAUUAUGGUAUUGAAGAUACAAGCUCUGUUGGUAUUUCAAAAUAUCUUGCUAACUUGGUUGAUCAAACGGUUGAAAAUCUUAUUGAAUCCAAAUGUGUAAUUUCUGGUGCUGGAGAUGAAAUAUUCCCUACCCCAUUCUUACAUAUUUCUUCUUAUUAUUAUUUAUCCCAUAAGACCAUCAGAAACUUUGUUAACAACAUAAGUAAAGACUCCUCAUUUAGAGAUUGUUUAAAACUUUUAUGUCAAGCUACAGAAUUUGAUGAAUUAGCAACUCGUCACGGAGAAGAGCUCAUCAACAUGGAGUUAUCUCAAGCAAUGAGAUACCCUGCGGAAGAUUUACAAUGUGAAUUUAUCUGGGAUCCUCAUGUUAAGACAUAUUUAUUGGUUCAAGCAUUUAUGUCUCGAGUCGAGCUACCAAUUGCUGAUUAUGCACAAGAUACCGUGUCUGUUCUUGAUCAAGCUUUACGUAUUUUACAAGCAUACAUUGAUGCUGCUUCGGAGUUGGGAUAUCUUAAUACGGUUUUGACCUUCAUUGAAUUAAUGCAAUGUAUAAAACAACGUUAUUGGUAUGAUGAUGAUCAUGUAUUGGCAUUACCGGGACUCAAGUUGGAGAAGAAGACCAAAAAAUCCAUGAGCUUGAUGCUGGUUGGAAAGCUUGGACACAAUAAAUUGUCACAAUUGGCUGACAGCUUGGGCGUUACGGGAUAUGAGAUUGAUGAAGAUCAGGAGGAAGAGGAUAUUCCUACUGAUGUUCUUUCAACGGAAGAUAUGAAAAAAGAGUUUGUUAGAGUAGCUUCAUGUCUACCAAUUGGUAAGGUCUCAGUACACCAAGAGGAAUCUAAAGAAUUAAAAUUGGAAAUUCUUCACGAUAACCACGCAUUGAACCGUGACUUCAAGAUGUACUGCCCACAUUUCCCCAAACCCCAAAGAGAAAGUUGGUUCAUAAUUAUCUGUAAUCAAGAAAAAGAUGAACUUUUGCUUGUUAAAAGAGCCUCUCCUAAGUUGAUGGGAAAGAAGGGUAAAGUUUCAUGUGUAUUAGAAAUACCAGAAGACAUGGAAGGAAUGGAUGUUACAAUAUUAUGUAUCAAUGAUGCUUUAGAUAUAAAGUAUUCAAUGAAACAUACUCUUUUGCAAGAGUGAUUUAGAAUAAUGCUAUUUAUAUAAAUGGGA